AUGGAUCUUAUUAGGCUCAGCUUGGCGCAAGAAAGUUUCAACAGCACUUGUACAGAUUCAGAGAGGGAGGCGCUUCUGAGCUUUAAACAAGGGCUCAAAGAUCCUUUAGGCAGGCUUUCUUCCUGGACUGGUGUUGAUUGCUGCAGAUGGAGUGGCAUCAAAUGCAAUAUGUCUGGAAGUGUCAUGAAGCUUGAUCUACGCAACAGAUUUCCAUCUACUAUUUCCAGAAGGUAUUGUUUAGGUGGUAAAAUAAACUCAUCUUUGCUCGAGUUGAAGUAUUUAGGUUAUUUGGACCUAAGCUUGAACUGUUUUGAGGGACUUGAAAUUCCUCAGUUCUUUGGGAUGCUAAAAAGUUUGAGAUAUCUAAAUCUCUCUUUCUCGGAGUUUGGGGGGGAAAUCCCCCCUCAGCUUGGAAAUUUAUCUAGCCUGCAGUAUCUUGAUCUUAAUACGCAUGAUUAUGUAACUCCCAUAUCAUACUCUUUAUCAUCCGGACACUUGCAAUGGCUCUCAGGUCUCACUUCCAUGAAGUAUCUCAACAUGGGAAAUACUAUCCUAGCCGACCUAGGAUCAGAACUGUUGCAAGUAGUCAAUAUGCUUCCUUUUCUUGAAGAAUUACACUUGCACAGAUGUGGCCUCUAUGAUCUCCCAAUUUCACUACCAUAUGUUAACUUGACGUUGCUUUCUGUCCUUGAUCUCUCUGAUAAUCAAAUUCAGUCUUCAAUACCCAACUGGAUUCAUAACCUCACCAGUCUCACUAAACUUGAUCUCAGCAAUGAUUAUUACAAUCUCAAUGGAAAUAUUCCAAGAGAAUGUGGAGACAAGGACUCUAAAGAAGAUCCUGAUCCACUAUUAUAUUUUGGAUUUGAAGGUCGAAUACCAGGGUCCUUAGGAAGUCUCUGUGGUCUAAAAGUAUUGAACCUCUCAGGAAAUCUUUUAACAGGUGAACUUGAUGAAUUUGUUGACAGCUUUACCACAUCUUGUCCUAACAACAGCUUAGUGUCCCUGAGCCUAAACGGCAACCAGUUAGCAGGAGGCUUGCCAAGCUCAUUGGGGAAGCUCAAGUAUCUGAAACAACUUCAUAUGAAUCAUAACUGUUUCUGGGGAUCUAUUCCGGAAUCUGUAGGGAACUUAUCAUUCUUGCAGGAAUUGGAUGUCUCUUUGAAUGAAAUGAACGGAACAAUUCCUAGAACUUUGGGGCAACUUUCUAAGAUCAUUGAUUUAAAUCUUGAAGAAAACCAUUGGCAAGGUGUUAUAACAGAAGACCAUUUCAUGAAUCUCACUGGAUUGAAAUAUUUAUAUGUCAGCACAGACAGAGCUACACCACUGGUUUUCAAUGUUCCUCCUCAAUGGAAUCCCCCUUUCAGGCUCUUGUCACUAGAACUAAUGAACUGUAUGGUGGGACCAACAUUUCCUGCAUGGAUUCGUGUUCAAAAUGAACUCAACAACGUAGUUCUACACAAUACAGGAAUUGAAGACACCAUACCUGGGGAAUGGUUCUCAAACCUAUCGGCCCAACUCACACACCUGGAGUUGUCUGAUAACAAAAUAAAGGGGAAGCUCCCGCAGAAAUUAAAAUUUCCAAAACUUAUUAUUAUGGACUUGAGGAAAAAUCAAUUUGAGGGAUUGCUGCCACUUUGGUUUACCAAUGCCAUGUGGAUUUUUCUUCAAGAAAAUAACUUCUCAGGGCCAAUCCCGGACGAUAUCAGUAAAAUGACACAACUAAAUAUUCUUGAUGUUUCCGAGAACCAUCUUACUGGUACGAUCCCAUCAUCCAUUUGUGCAAUGACUUCUUUGGAAGUACUAUCCCUCAGGGAAAAUCAUUUCACUGGACAGCUACCUCAUUGUUGGCAUGAGGCACAACAGCUCUGGGCUCUUGAUAUAUCAAGCAAUAACCUCUCUGGUGAAAUCCCUAGUUCGAUAGGUCUCCUGAUUUCUCUCAUUAAAUUGAGUUUGAGCAACAAUAGUCUGCGCGGAGAGAUUCCAUUGUCUCUUCAGAAUUGCAUGAAAUUGCAGAGCCUGAAUCUUGGAGAUAAUAAUUUGUCAGGAAACCUACCACUGUGGAUAGGAAAUGAUUCAGUGGAAUUACGGAUCCUUCGACUGAGAUCUAACAAGCUCAGAGGAACCAUCCCUAAACAAUGGUGCAUUUUGUUAAACCUCCAUAUCCUAGAUCUGGCUGACAACAGUCUUUCUGGAGUCAUUCCAAACUGUUUGGGCAAUCUGAGUUCACUGACUUCUACUAAUACUUUCUGGACAACGGUACCCAACAGCAUGGAGAGGUACAUCUUUGAAGAGCAAAUGUUUAUGGUGACUAAAGGAAGAGAAAUGGAAUUUAGCAGCACACUGGGAAUCGUUACUGUCAUCAAUCUUUCCAACAAUAAUUUAACAGGUGAAAUACCACAAGGGAUAACAAACCUCACAGCACUCGGAACCCUCAACCUUUCCAGGAAUUAUCUAACAGGAGGCAUCCCCAAUGAAAUUGGAAACAUGAGACUGUUAGAAACACUUGAUUUGUCUAACAAUAAACUUUCCGGGCCUAUUCCAGACAGCAUUUCAUAUCUGAACUCUCUGAAUCACUUCAAUGUCUCACACAACAAUUUGGUGGGAAGAAUUCCAACGGGAAAUCAACUUCAGACACUCACUGAUGUGUCUAUGUUUGAUGGCAAUCCUUUAUUAUGUGGGAAGCCGCUUCUGCUUAAGUGUCCCGGUCCUGAAGCCGGUUAUGAUGUUCCCACUAUGCAAUCUCCAGUUCGCGAUUUUCAAAGUGAACUAGAAAACCUAUGGUUCUACUGUGGUGGUUAUGUUUGUGGUAUAUGUGGUGUUUGGCUCACUUUGUGGAAGAAAGAUACAUGGAGAGAAGCAUACUUUCGGGUUUUGAAGUUAACUUAA